AUGGACCAAGACGAAGAUACAACCAAGCAUAAUGCUAAUGCAGCACUAUCGAGAUUCUUCAAGACGAACCGCGCAGAGUACGACACCGGGACUGUUCUAGUUGUAUAUUGGGAAGAAUGUGAGGAAGAGUUCAAAGAAGAAGGUCAGCAAGUUGGCGCAUUUUUUUCCAACAAAUUUAACUACAAUGUUGAGUACUUCGAGAUUCCUCGUGAAGAUCCCGAGCUCGCGUUGGAUAGCCGGCUUAAUGAGCUAUUGCUCAAGAACAAAAAGAAUGACUGUCUUUUGAUUAUUCAUUAUGGUGGCCAUGGAGACGACGACGAUGCGCAGAAGAGACAACUGGCCUGGGCACUUAAUAUCGAGGGCGACUCGCCGGCAUUAUCUUGGUCGGCUUUGCAACCAAAACUCCGCUUGCACCAUUCCGAAGUUUUGGUGUUAUUGGAUUGUUGUUUCGCAUCACAAGCCGCACGAGGGUCUAAAAGUCCAAUCCCGGAAAAUGUAGAGUUGUUGGUCGCUUGUGGUCUUAACACCAAGACUGUACUUCCCGGAAAGACUUCUUUUACGACUCACUUGCUUCGGGAGAUUGGAGCAAGCCUAGAAGCCGAAGGUUCUGUCAAAAUAUCAACGUUGCACAAGAAUCUUGCAUCGAAAGAGGCUGGACUUGGUCAAUCGGCUAUCUACUACCCAUUAGGUAACUCCAAAGGUAGCAUAGUGCUACAGCCGCUGGAGAAACCAAUCUGUCCAACACCACCAUCACCGCCGGAGAGUGGGUCAGUAAUUCUGCGACUAUCGCUUGGUAGGCAAAAUCAAGAUGCUAUAAAGAAGGUCUUGGACGAAAUCGUCGAUUGGCUGAAGCGGAAUCCUCCUCCAAUUAUUUCGAAUGUCAAAAUCAUUGAGCUCCUGCGGGACUCCGCGGCUGCGGUACAAAGUUACAUUAAUGAUGAUUCGCAAAGAGGCAAGCCGGUGGUACCGUUCAAUGACUUGGACACUCCUGCUUGCAAUGAUAUUCUAUCGGCGUUAUCAACAUUCAAGAAUAAAGCUGGGAGAGUGGCUUCAUCAUUGGCGGAUAGUAGUGUCAUCUUUGGCGCAUUAGACACUUAUUUGGAUGAAGAUGCUUCUGCUGUUUGGGCUGAGGAGUUAACGACUAGCUUCGUGCCGGUUCAAAGGGCCGUUGAACGCAGCGUACUAACCUCUGCAAAACUUUGUAGAGCGACAGCAGAAGACCACCUGCGCCAAGCGACAAGCGAUCCACAAUUUCUAGCUUUAGGACUGGGAGAGAUACUCAACCUCAAAGUUCUCGCAUAUUUCCCCCAAGGAAAGGAUGCAAGAAAGAUAACUAUUCAGCUGGAUGUUCCCGUUGGCUUGUUUCCUUGUCGUGAGAUUAGGACUCUUCCGGACAUUCCUGAACUUGGAAGUGUGAUGAUUGAGGCUAAGAGAUUCGAGGAGAAUGUCGAUCUCAGAGUGGUGAAGAAACGUUUGGAAAGAUUAUCUGUUUUGUUGCAGAGUGACAAAUCUGCGGAAUUUCAAACUCUCCCAUGCAGCGGAUUCUUUUUCGAGCCUCCGCAUGCCUACGGGCUCAUAUUCGGAGUUCCAUCGAAUGGUCUAAAGCUUGCAGUAACUCUUCGUGAACUUCUGUCAAGAGAAUGUCAGAAGCCGAAACCAAGUCUUGACCAGCGUUUUCAAAUUGCCUACAAAAUUGGAAGAGCACUCUCGAAAUGGCAUUUAGUUGGCUGGGUGCAUCAAGGCAUCGCAAGCUACAACAUCGUGUUCUUCUACAACAAUGAUGGCAGCGUGGAUUACACAAACCCAUACCUCUGCGGCUUUGAGUACGCCCGUCAUGAGGGUGCGCCAUCUACUGCUCGAAUUGUUGAGCAAUUAGAGCUGAACGUGUAUCGUCAUCCGGAACGGCAAGGAGUACCCAAUGCUUCCCAUCACAAAGAACAUGACAUUUAUUCAUACGGUGUGUUGCUUUUGGAAAUUGGAUUAUGGGAUCUUGCUGAAGAACUUUUCCGCUCCCAAAGAAAAGAGCUUGCACCGCACUACAUGGCAAAAAGACUCCGCAAGACUGUGGAGAAGGAACUUGGGUUCCACGCUGGCACAUCUUAUCAAAAAGCUACGACUUUAUGUCUAGACACUAGCUUGGGAGUCGAUGUUGCAGACAACAAGAUAGACUUGCUUCUCGCAAGAUCCUUCGAACAAGAUGUGCUAGUGGAGAUCAAGAAAGGCGUGUCGUUAGGUUUUAUAGGACAUCGGUUCGCGGUAGACAAGAUAGGCGGCAGUGACCUUUGA